AUGCGAGUGGGAUUCAACUGUGUGGAGAAGUGCCACCUGUGCAUGGCGACAGACUGGGACAAUCCAGCUGUGACUGCCAACUGGAGAAACGAGAUCCCGCGCACAACUAGUGCUUUUCAUGAGGUCGAGAUACCGCUAUUGAGCAUUCCCGGUAUCGCUGGUCCCGAAAGUGCCCUUCCAGAUUCGGCUCAUAUUUUCCAUAUCAAAGGCAUCGGCCAGAAUUUUGCUACAAGUUCUAUUGUAUUCCUGGUGCAUCUGGGUAUCUGGCAGGGACGCAGCUUUGACAAGAAGCUGCACGACGCAUAUUGCACCUUCCGGCAAUGGUGCAGUGACAACCGCAAAACAACAGGUAUUGAUGGAUUCUCGAAAACUACAUUUGACAUGAAAGAGAAUCUUGGAGCAGCAUAUAUGCAAACCCGUUUGCUCGUAGCUUGCCCAUGCCUAACUUCCUGCCUUAUAAGGAACACCUCCUAUCCCGAGGGCCACGGUGGGAAGGGCUAUGACACUGCUGUAUUAUUGGCCUGGUUAGAAGAUUUUUUGCAGACCAUCGACACUCGGCUAAAAUUUUCUGUAAGGAUUUAG